ACCAGCUUUCUGAAGUGGGACACCAGCAAGAAGACACAAAAUGGCCAUUGAAAUAUCAGUGAUCAGUGUGGGAGCUGUAUUCUUAGUUGUGUUGCUUUUGGUGGUACUGAUUUGCACUUCUGGUCAGAGAUACAAAUCUGUACAGGAAGACCACAAGGGAAUAGUUGAAUCUCAACUGCUGCAGUAUUUCUAUCAGUUCCUUCCCUGCUCCUCACCUCCUUCCCUCCCAGGUCCUCCCAGCCUUUUCCUCAUAGGCAAUAUGAUGGAGCUGACACACAAUCAUCUGCCAGUUCACCUGACCAAAUUGGCACAGCGGUAUGGAAACAUCUACCGCCUCAAAUGUGGAAACACAACCAUGGUGGUACUGAAUAGUAGUGAAGUCAUAAGAGAAGCACUGGUGAAAAAAUGGUCAGACUUUGCUGGGAGACCAGUUUCAUACACAGGUGAUAUUGUGUCUGGGGGAGGGCGCACAAUCUCUCUGGGAGACUAUAAUGAGGAGUGGAGGGCACAUCGUCGUCUCGUCCACAGUGCUUUGCAGCAUUGCUGCCAGCAAUCAUUGCAUGACGUGAUCGAGAGGCAGGCACUGCAUCUGAGAAAGGUUUUGAUGGACUAUCAAGGCAGUGCUGUAGAUCUCUCGGAGGAUUUCACAGUGGCAGCUAGUAAUGUCAUCACCACUUUGGCUUUUGGAAAAGAAUAUGAUAAGAGUUCUUUGGAGCUGCAGCAGCUGCACAGCUGUCUGAAUGAGAUUGUCGCUCUGUGGGGCUCCACUUGGAUUUCUGCUCUGGACUCCUUCCCACUGCUCAGAAAAUUACCCAAUCCUGUGUUUUCCCGUCUCCUGAAAGAGGUGGCCAGGAGAGAUGAGAUUAUAAAAAAACAUCUCAACAAUUACAAGUCACAAUACAAAAAAAACGAGGACGCCAUCACAGGAUCCCUCCUCCAGGGCCUUGACAAACAUCGCAACACAGAACAUGGAGUGCUCCUGACAGAUAUUCAUAUUCACAUGGCCACUGUGGACCUUCUCAUCGGGGGAACAGAGACCACUGCAGCCUGGCUGAACUGGACUGUGGCCUUCCUCUUGCACAGACCAGAGGUGCAGACCAAGGUGUAUGAGGAGUUGUGUGCAGUACUAGAGGGACGAUACCCCAAGUACAAUGACAGACACAGACUUCCAGUCCUGUGCUCUCUGAUCCAUGAGGUGCUCAGACUCAGGCCAGUUGCCCCGCUGGCGGUGCCACACAGAGCCAUCAGAGACAGCAGUAUUGCAGGUUACUUCAUCCCCACGAACACAGUCAUCAUUCCUAAUCUUUUUGGAGCACACCAUGAUCCUGCAGUUUGGACUGACCCGUACAGCUUCAAACCAGAGCGCUUUCUGGAAGGAGGAGGAGGCUCCACCCGUGCCCUGAUCCCUUUCGGGGGGGGGGCUCGGCUCUGCCUGGGGGAGUCUGUUGCCAAAAUGGAGCUCUUUCUGUUCACUGGCUACUUGCUGAGAGAUUUCCAGUUCAUCCCUCCUGAGAGUGAGGCCUCUCUGCCCGACCUGAGAGGAGUUGCUAGUGUUGUACUCAAGAUCAAGUCCUACACAGUUAUAGCAUGUCCAAGACCUGUGACUAAUCCAUGAACUACAGAGGGUGUACUUCUUACUUGUUGCUUAAACGUUGGUUAAUUAUAGAACCUUCACAUGUAUGUUUCUCAUCAGUACUUAUUUCUGUUGGUCUGUAGUAUUGGAGAUCCUGAUUAAAAUAGUCUGUUAAUGGGUUCCUAAUUCUGAAUUGAUUACAAAUAUUUAUUUGAUUAUCACAAACAACAUGCCUGAACCCAGACCAGACCUAUGUAUAUUGUAUAUACACACAGUGCUUUGUUUGAUCUGUUGUAUAAAGGCAAAGCAAACUGCGUUGUUUUUUUCACAAUGUUUUUAUUGAGAUUUCAAUCAUGAUACCAAAAGAAACACAUCAGUAUACAAACAUGUGCCCCUCCAUUCACAAUCACACAUUCACACAGACAUUUCACAAGUCACACAAAGUUUCAAAUAAAACAAAUAGAAUAAAAUAAGUAGGAUAAUAACAAUAAUAAUAAUAUGUUAGUAAAUACAAAAUUAAAUAAUAAAAUAAAUGUUAAAAAAGGCAGAAUCUAUACUCCCAUAUGUUAGAAAUACAUGUUAUGUAUUUGUUUUCCAAGAAGGACAUAAAUGAGUUCCAAAUAUAAACAAACUCUUUCCUUUUACAUUUAACAAUAUAACCUCUCCAGCCCAACACAUGUCAACAACUCCCCUUUCCACAGUCAAAGUGAUGGUGGUUUUACAUUUUUCCAAUAUAAUGCUUCUUCUGUCCAAAGUCAAUCAUUUUUGUUUGCUCUGUUCUUACAAAGUCCUUGGGGUAUAUUCCAAGUGCACAUAAUUUUGCCCUCGACUUUUAAAUAUCUGUGAUAAACAUGUAACAACAUUUUCCCAAAAUAUCUGUAUCUUUGGGCACUCCCAUACGCAAUGAAACAAAGUUCCUUUCUCAUUCAGGCAUUUAACACAAAUAUACAGAAUUUGAUGAAGUUUAACAGGGGCUAUGUACAUUCUCAUUAGCCACUUAUACUGAAGUAAUGUUAACCUUGUAUUAUUUGACUGUUUUUGUGCCAUUUCCCAGUUCUCCUCAGUAAUAUCCUCUUCUCCAAGUAUUUAAUAUAUCUGAUGUUGACUCUGCUGAACGUGUUGCCAACAUGUUAUAAAAUCUAGAUGUGUGUCCAUUACCAUCCAAAUUAUUAAGUCUAAUGUCCUCAAUAACUGAGGAAAACUUGCAAUUUAAAGUUAUAUACAUGAAAAUAAUGAGCCUCAGCAUCACCAGUGGAGGGGAGAAACUACAAGAAUGGUCAAGCAGGUGAUCAGAUUUCUCGAGAAUGGAAACAGAAAAUGAGUAGUAUUUCUGUCAUAGAGUCUGACAGCACCACCCAGUGGACAAACGCUGAACAUGCUGCUGAAAGUGGAAUAACUUCCGUCCUGUGAAAAAUGUUCAGUAGACCUACAGGUCAUUCCUCAUCACUGGGUUAGGGCACAUCUUGUAAUAGUGUUUGCAUUUACACCAUUAAUAGCCAUCUGUUGAUAGAUAACAGUGAUAUUAUUUGCACAUGUGACAGACAAGAUAAAUGUUACAUGAAAAACACAAUGGGCAGCAUUAAUUUGUAUAGUGGCCACAGUUUUGUAUGAAAUUGCAGGGUUAAAGUGAGAAGAUGAACAUGGGUUCCUCUCAUGGGCUGGUCUUAAACUAAAAAUGAGUUGCCUCAAUUUCAUUUCCUGUUUUGGAAAAGUUCUGCAAUAAGAAAGAACAUCUUCUGAGAGAAGGAUGGCUUCCUUUUCAUUGUUAAGACUCCUUCUUCUUUCUCUUACACAGGCAGCAGUUGGACUUCAGUCAUCUGAACAUUUGGUGAUGUUUGCCUUACUAGGAGAUGUUAUUACUUUGCCAUGUGACAUACCUUCUGUAAAAUCCUGCUCCUCUAUUAAUUGGAACAUGGCUGGAGAGUUUGGAUCAGUUACUGAGGUGGUGAAGGCUGGAAGGGUGACAGCUCCAGACGUCCUCAGGCGUGCCCUGCUAAAGGACUGCUCUUUGGUGAUUAAUCACCUGGUACUCAAUGAUGCUCGACUUUACUCUUGUGACAGUGGAGCACUCAAUUCAAGUGUUUCACUUCAGAUUCUUGAGCUUACUGAGAGCUCAGCUCCUGCAAAUGGCACAAUAGAGCUUCAGUGUUUCCUCAACACGUAUAAAGGACAUGUCCCAUGUAACAACAGAGGGAUACAUAUCAAAUGGAGUACUGAAGAUAAUACACCAUUAAAUGGAAAUAGAUUUUGUUUUGAAAAUCCCUCUGAAUGCUUCUCUAAAUUGAUCAUCAAAAAAAAACUGACAGACCAUCACAGAAAAUGGAAAUGCCAGCUAACUCAGAAUGACACUGUUAAAGCCACAAUCAGUUAUACAACAACAGUAAAAGAUGGUGUAGAGGAAGUGUUCGCUGCAGUGGGUGAGUCAGUGUCACUCUCUUGCAACAACACUUCCUCUCUUGGUGUUGGUGGACGCGUGGAGUGGGUUGUAGGUGAAAGGUCACUGACAGACGAUAUCUCACCUUAUGAAGGCCAAACUGAGGCAUUUCAUGUGAAUAAAGACUCAUCACUGGUCAUUGGCAGAGUGAGUGCUCUGCAUGCUGGGGACUACCAGUGUUCAGAGUCCACUGGUCAGCAAAAGGUGUUUAACAAAAUCAGGUUGCAUACCCUCGAUGUUACUUCAGAGUGUGGGCCAGGAGGAGAUAAUCUCACCUUGACUUGUGUGCUUACCUGCACUAAAGAAUGUGAAAAAGACUUCAAUUUAACUUGGUCUGGAAGAAGCCAAGAUAGCUGGCAGAGCGGUUUAAUAACUGACAAUAACACUCUCAUAAACAGACUAUUUCUCCCAGUUGUGUCAAUGACAUCAGAUGAAUUAACCUGCUUUGUGCAUAGAGAGAGUGAUGUGAUGGCAUCAAAGAAGUGGCGUACUGUUAACUCUCUGCAAACACCUGCGUGGUUAGCCCUUCCUCUAGGGCUCCUGACAUGUAUCGCUGCUGGAGGACUCUACAUGUACAUGAAGAGGAAGCACAACAAGGAUGCAGGAAAUGAACAGUCAAGUAUUGAAAUGAUUCAUGUUUAUGAGACCGUUCAGGAUGCAAAUAAUGAGGAACGACAGCAGCAAAGACAGUCCAAAAGAGAAGCUGUCACCACCACUGACAGUUUCUAUAAUUUAUUACAGGCUGUAAACUAGAACUCAAUAAAAGUGUUUUUUUCUCUUGA